AUCAGCUGAGCUAACACGAUUUUCACCGAGGGAGUUUUACCUCCACACAAAGACUGACAGAGGAAAAAACCCUUUUACCAUCUUCUCACUUUUUUGUCUCCCUUCUCUGUACGAACUCCUUUCUUCCACAAAAUUUUCUUCUUCUGUCUUUCACCAUGGCUGCCAUUAGAACUUCAUCUCCUUCUUCUAACCCAAGUGUUCAGGUUCAAGAGAUCAUUACACAGGAAGAAAUCCCCAUAAAUGCUCAUCCUUUCCUGCGGGUUCCUACUCCAGCUUUUGGAUCUAAGAGGUUCGGACUUGCCCCUUCUUUUGUUGGCUCUUUUCCAAAAUCUUUGAACUCUUUUUAUCCUCUCUGUGGUUUUGAGCUUCCCUUCACCCAUAUCCAUGCAUGGGCUACUUAUUUUAAGACCUCUCCUAUCCUUUUAUGGCCCAUGGAGGAACCACAAUAUGGAAAGUGGUUGGGUCACCUUUACCCUCAUCUGGAACAUUUCUGAAAGAGACUUGGGAUUGAUGACCUCCUCGUGAUCAGUGAACAAAAAAUCCAUGUUGACAAAGCUCUCUUAUGUGCCGCUGCCCAAUUCUGGGAUAUGGGGACCAAUUCUUUCCAUUUCAGGGCUGGAUUCAUGAGCCCCACCCGUCAAGAUCUUGCCUUCAUUCUGGGAAUCAAGUUCCAUAAGCUAAAACUCCAUCGAGCCUCCAGAAAAGCCUCAUUCUCUUACCAAAAAGGUAAAAGAUAUCUCGUACUUCUUCUUGCUAAAAACUUUUGCAGAAGACAAAGACACUGUGUUAAUAGAAGAGCAUACCCGUUUCUUGAUUUUUUGGCUCAACAAGUUCUUCUUCUACGUCAGCUCCUCAAUGAUAACCCAGGAUUUCACCAAACUUGCCCUCUACUAGGCUCACGGGGUAGUGUACUCCUUCGCUCCUAUGGUCCUGACGAUGGUGUAUCGGGCUAUGCAAUCCUUCAUAGAGUCUGGCUUUGAGAGUUGCCCUAGCUCUCUUUGGAUAAUGCAGCUCUGGUUGGGGGCCUAUUUCAAGCCCCUAUGCCUUGAACCCAAUCUUGUCUCCUCAAACAUGGACUACUUCAAUCUAUAAUUCAAAGGAGUGGAGCCUCUGGAUCAUAGCUUCAAAGACUACUUUUCUUACUUCUACCAGGAUUUCUCCCAGUUUGCUAUCUUUGUUUGGUUUCCCUUUGAUCGUAGGCAAGCUCCAGAUUAGUUAAGCACUAAUCCAAGUGACAUGGAUCAACUCCCUGUCUUUAAGGGAUCUUCCAUAUUUUUUCAGCGAGUCCCCUCACAAUAACAAAUGUAGGGUGGAGUACUACAAUACUGCUCAACUAGCCCGACAGUUUGGACUCGUUCUAAUGGUUCCUCUGCCACAGUAUAUUUCAGAGAACAAAUCCUUUUCAUGCAGGGGCGUGUGGUCAGCUGAAGAUCUCAUCAGCAUCUACUCUGUGUCUGCUUCAAUCCUAUCGUUAGCAAGAAUUUCUGCUUUUAUUGAAUGCCAUCAAACUACUCCAGAGUUCACCCACUGGUGGACUGAAUACGUGAACCAGAAAUUCUCCCAUAAUGUGGAAGAACUUCUAGCCAUUGUCGCUCCUGAUCCAAGGUUGAAUGGUCCUGGUGACUCUGGUUCUGUUCAUGCCUCCUCCAAAGACAAUGAUAGCCAUGAAGUGGGCUCUGUUGUUUCUAAAAAAACUCCAUCAACCCUUCAGAAGUUAGGAAAGACCAUGGCUAUCAGAUCUGUGGCCAAAAGGUCUGGGGUUGGACAACGACUCAGAUCCUCCAAAAGAACUCUUUGAUGACUGUAAAAUUACAUUGAUUUUAUACCUCUCUUUCUUAACUUAUUGCUUUGUUUUCAAGUUAAGCUUGGGUGUUUUACGUUAUUUUUGUUUGCAUUUCAGUUAAUCGAAUCCUAGACGAUGAAUUAUGUCAAUGGCAAUUUUGACAAUGUUAUUGGACAUGUACAUGCGAGUCUUGGUAAUUUCAGCAAAAUCUGCCACUGUUCAGUCCAGCCCACUUGUGAAGGUCACCAUAAAUCCUUUGAGAAGAUCUGGGUUUUGUGUCAUAUACCGUUGAAAAGAUAUGGAAGUCUAGUUUCUGAAGAAUUUUACAGUUUGUGAUUCCGAGUUUUGUGGACAAAGUUAUGACAAUUUGAAUACGGACCGCGCAGGCCAGAAAAUCAGGAAUCCGGGCCCAUACUUAACAAUAUUGGUUUGAGACUUCUUGAAAGCCCAAGGACGUUUCCAGCCUUUGAAGGAAACUAAUAGAGCAUCAAUUUAUGAUUUGCAUGAAUCUUUGACUAUUAUGAUUCCAUAUUUCAGCUGGAGAAAAUCUUAAUGCAAGAGGAAACUAAAGGAUUCUAAUUCUACUAGGAUUAUAUUGUUUCCUUUCAUAUGGAUGACUUUAACCUAACCAAGGAUGAUAUAAAGGGGAACAGCAUACACAGCAAGAGACGGCAGACCUAAGGGAGAGACUCAAAAAUCACGUAAGGUGAGGAUAUUGGAGAGCAACAUCACUACGAGAGAAGAAAGCAACAAGGUUCUUAAAAGGGGAAUCCUCUUCACCAAGAUUACUUUGUAAAGGGUGUUCUUUUUCUUAAGUUCUUGAUGUUGUUCCUUCUUGAAUUGUUGAAGUUUCUAUAUAUUAUGUGUGGCUAAACUCUUUUACUAGGGAUUCGAUGUAGCCUAGCAUGACUAUUCUAUGUCUUAAUUAAUUCGUUACCAAUUCAAGUUUCUAGUUUUAUUCAUUGUGCUUCA